AUGAUCAUAUGGACGUUGAUUCGUACGAUCGCCGAAUUGCUAUUUCUGAUCGCCGUAAGUGAAAUAUUUUGUCUGUUGAGAGGUGUCAAUCGAACUCAGCUACAAACAAAGACAAUGACCGAAGUAGGUGGCUCAUGGAAACCGGCCCUGUCGCCAGAACAGGAAAAGGAACUCCGAGAGAUUGCACGAAAACUUGUGGCCCCCGGCAAAGGUAUUCUGGCCGCCGAUGAGAGUACAGGUACGAUUGGAAAACGAUUAGCGACAAUAAAUAUGGAGAAUAAUGUUGAGAAUCGUCAAAAGUACCGUCAACUGCUGUUCACAACACCGAAUAUUGGCGAACAUAUUUCUGGAGCGAUUCUUUUCGAAGAGACUUUCAACCAGAAAACGGAUAAAGGUGAACGAUUUGUGGAUGUGCUGAAAAAGGCUGGUGUUAUUCCUGGCAUUAAAGUCGACCUCGGCGUUGUACCACUUGCUGGAACGCUCGGCGAAGGCACCACUCAAGGAUUGGAUAACUUGGCAAAACGAGCUGCGGAAUUCAAGAAGGGAGGAUGCGAGUUUGCAAAAUGGCGAUGUGUACUGAAUAUCUCAUCACACACACCAUCCCAUGUAGCACUACUCGAGAACGCUAACGUGCUAGCACGUUACGCUUCAAUCUGUCAACAAGCAGGUCUAGUGCCUAUUGUUGAACCUGAGGUUCUGUGUGACGGAGAUCAUGACAUAGUACGCGCUCAGAAAGUGACAGAGCAAACGUUGGCUUUUGUUUACAAGGCGCUUAGUGAUCAUCAUGUCUAUUUGGAGGGCAGUUUGUUGAAACCGAACAUGGUCACUCCUGGGCAAUCGUAUAAGGGAGAGAAGGUAUCCCACGAGGAGAUCGGUGAGGCCACCGUCCGCACACUGCUACGUACAGUUCCAGCUGCUGUACCGGGAAUAGUUUUCCUGUCCGGUGGACAGUCUGAGUUGGACGCGACGGCUAAUUUGAAUGCCAUCAACCGAGUCAGUCUUCAAAAACCAUGGAGACUAUCGUUCAGUUUUGGUCGUGCACUUCAAGCAUCCGUAUUGAAAGCUUGGAUGGGUAAAAAUGUGGAAGCCGCACAGAAGCAAUUCAUAGUGAGGGCAACUGCAAACGGCAUGGCUACAGAUGGCAAAUACGAAGGUGAAGAAGCUUCAGCGACUGCAGCAGAAUCGUUGUUCGUUGCGAAACACACGUAUUAAGUGAUGGCAUUGUGCGGUUUUGAUAGGAUCCCGUCACCUUGACGUCAGUAUUACCGAAAACGAACACCUUUCAAUAUAAAAUCGCAUGCAGUUCACUUAGUUUCAGCGUUCCGAAUUCCUUCCGUUCACAUUUUGUGACAUUCUUCAGGCUCUUUGCUAAACGCUCAAUUUUUUGUGGUUUCUUGUUCGUUCGUUUGAAUAGUCCAAUAAAUUUUAUUGAAU